AUGGAGUGCGCCCUCCUGCUCGCGUGCGCCCUCCCGGCCGCGGGUUCGGGUCCGCCGUGGGGCCCGGCGGGACUGGGGCGCGUGGCCAAGGCGCUCCAGCUGAGCUGCCUCUGCUGUGCCUGGGUCGCCGCCGCCUUAGCCAGUGACGACAGUAGCGGCGCCAGCGGAUUAAAUGAUGAUUACGUCUUUGUCACGCCGGUAGAAGUGGACUCAGGCGGGUCGUACAUUUCACACAACAUUUUGUACAACGGCAGGAAAAAGCGAUCAGCGCAGGGUGCCAGGAGCUCCCUGCACUACCGAUUUUCAGCAUUUGGACAGGAACUACACUUAGAACUUAAGCCGUCGGCGAUUUUGAGCAGUCACUUUAUUGUCCAGGUACUUGGAGAAAAUGGUGCUUCAGAGACUCGGGAACCCGAGGUGCAGCGAUGUUUCUAUCAGGGAUUUAUCAGAAAUGACAGCUCCUCCUCUGUCGCUGUGUCUACGUGUGCCGGCUUGUCAGGUUUAAUAAGAACACGAAAGAAUGAAUUCCUCAUCUCGCCGUUACCUCAGCUGCUGGCCCAGGAACACAACUACAGCUCCCCUACAGGACACCAUCCUCACGUACUGUACAAAAGAACAGCAGAGGAGAAGGUCCAGCGGUACCGUGGCUACCCUGGCUCCGGCCGGGAUUAUCCUGGUUACUCCCCAAGUCACACUCCCCAUGCAUCUCAGAGUCAAGAGAUACAGUAUCACCACCGAAGGUUGCAAAAGCAGCAUUUUUGUGGACGACGCAAGAAAUAUGCACCCAAGCCUCCCUCAGAGGACACAUAUCUAAGAUUUGAUGAAUAUGGGAGCUCAGGGCGACCCAGGAGAUCAGCUGGAAAAUUGCAGAAGGGCUUGAAUGUGGAAACUCUCGUGGUAGCUGACAAGAAGAUGGUGGAAAAGCAUGGCAGGGGGGACGUCACCACGUACAUCCUCACAGUGAUGAACAUGGUCUCCAGCUUAUUUAAAGAUGGAACUAUUGGAAGUGACAUAAACAUCGUUGUAGUGAGCGUCAUUCUUCUAGAACAAGAACCUGGAGGAUUAUUGAUCAACCAUCACGCAGACCAGUCUCUGAAUAGCUUUUGCCAGUGGCAGUCAGCCCUCAUUGGAAAGAAUGGCAAGAGACAUGACCACGCCAUCUUACUCACGGGAUUUGAUAUUUGCUCCUGGAAGAAUGAACCAUGUGACACUCUAGGGUUUGCCCCCAUCAGCGGCAUGUGCAGCAAAUACCGGAGUUGCACCAUUAACGAGGACACGGGGCUCGGCCUGGCCUUCACCAUCGCUCAUGAGUCCGGGCACAACUUCGGCAUGAUCCAUGAUGGAGAGGGCAAUCCCUGCAGGAAGGCUGAAGGCAACAUUAUGUCUCCCACACUAACUGGAAAUAAUGGGGUGUUUUCCUGGUCUUCAUGCAGCCGGCAAUACCUCAAGAAAUUCCUUAGCACGCCUCAGGCCGGGUGUCUAGUGGACGAGCCCAAGCAAACAGGACAGUAUAAAUAUCCAGACAAACUACCGGGACAGAUUUAUGACGCUGACACUCAGUGCAAGUGGCAAUUUGGAGCAAAAGCCAAGUUAUGCAGCCUUGGUUUCGUGAAGGACAUCUGCAAAUCUCUUUGGUGUCACCGAGUGGGCCACAGAUGUGAGACCAAGUUUCUGCCUGCAGCGGAGGGGACCGUUUGUGGCUUGAGUAUGUGGUGUCGGCAAGGCCAGUGCGUCAAGUUUGGGGAGCUGGGGCCCCGACCCAUCCACGGUCAGUGGUCUGCCUGGUCCAAGUGGUCAGAAUGUUCCCGGACGUGUGGUGGAGGCGUGAAGUAUCAGGAGAGACACUGCAAUAACCCCAAGCCUCAGUAUGGCGGCAAGUUCUGUCCAGGAUCAAGCCGUGUUUAUCAGCUGUGUAACAUUAACCCUUGUCAUGAAAAUAGCCUGGAUUUUCGAGCCCAGCAGUGUGCGGAAUACAACAGCAAACCUUUCCGUGGAUGGUUCUACCAGUGGAAACCCUAUACAAAAGUAGAAGAGGAAGAUCGAUGUAAACUGUACUGCAAGGCUGAGAACUUUGAAUUCUUUUUUGCAAUGUCUGGCAAAGUGAAAGAUGGAACCCCUUGCUCCCCGAACAAAAAUGACGUUUGUAUUGAUGGGAUUUGUGAACCAGUAGGAUGUGAUCAUGAACUUGGCUCUAAAGCUGUUUCAGAUGCAUGUGGUGUUUGCAAAGGUGAUAAUUCGACUUGCAAGUUUUAUAAAGGCCUAUACCUCAACCAGAACAAAGCAAAUGAAUAUUAUCCAGUGGUCAUCGUUCCUGCCGGGGCCUGGAGCAUUGAGAUCCAAGAGCUGCAGGUCUCUUCCAGUUACCUCGCAGUCCGAAGCCUCAGUCAGAAGUAUUACCUCACCGGGGGCUGGAGCAUCGACUGGCCUGGGGAGUUCCCCUUUGCUGGGACCACGUUUGAAUACCAACGCUCCCUCAACCGCCCAGAACGUCUGUAUGCACCAGGACCUACAAAUGAGACGCUGGUCUUUGAAAUUCUGAUGCAAGGCAAAAAUCCGGGGAUAGCGUGGAAAUACACACUUCCCAAGGCCACGAACGGAACUCAACCAGCCACAAAAAGACAGCUCCACGCCUGGAGUCUGGUGCAGUCAGCUUGCUCCGUCUCCUGUGGAGGAGGUUACAUAAGUGUAAAGGCCAUUUGCUUACGAGAUCAAAAUACUCAAGUCAAUUCCUCGUUCUGCAAUGCAAGAACCAAGCCAGCCACGGAACCCAAGAUAUGCAAUGCUUUCUCCUGCCCAGCCUAUUGGAUGCCGGGCGAAUGGAGCGUGUGUAGCAAGUCCUGCGCCGGGGGCCAGCAGAGCCGGAAGAUCCAGUGUGUGCAAAAGAGACCCUUCCAGAAGGAGGAAGCGGUGGUGCAUUCCCUCUGCCCAGUGAGCACGCCCACUCAGGUUCAAGGUUGCAACAGCCACCCCUGCCCUCCAGAAUGGAGCCUCGGGCCCUGGUCUCAGUGCUCCAAGACCUGUGGACGAGGAGUGAGGAAGCGAGGCCUGUCCUGCAAAAGCUCUGCCGCAGAGACCCUGCCCGAGAGCCUGUGUGCCGGCCUCCCCAGACCCGAGACGCAGGAAGGGUGCGUGCUGGGACGGUGCCCAAAAAACAACCGGCUGCAGUGGGUCACCUCUUCCUGGAGCGAGUGUUCUGCGACCUGUGGGGUGGGUGUGCGGAAGAGGGAGAUGAAGUGCAGCGAGAAGGCCUUCCAGGGAAAGCUGAUCACGUUUCCGGAGCGAAGAUGCCGCAACAUUAAGAAACCAAACCUGGCCUUGGAAGAAACCUGCAACCAAAGGGCUUGUCCAGCUGGUCCAGUGUACAACACAGCCGGGGGAUGGUAUUCAGCGCCAUGGCAACAGUGCACCGUCACCUGCGGGGGAGGGGUCCAGACACGCUCUGUCCACUGUGUUCUACAAGGCCGGCCUUCCUCCACGUGUCCGCUCCGUCAGAAACCCCCAGUGCUGCGAGCUUGUAAUACAAACUUUUGUCCAGCUCCUGAAAAGAGAGAAGAUCCCUCCUGCGUAGAUCUCUUUGCCUGGUGUCACCUCGUUCCUCAGCAUGGUGUCUGCAACCACAAAUUUUACGGUAAACAGUGCUGCAGGGCGUGCACAAGGAAGAGCUGA